CACAUGAUAUGGAGGGGAUUGGGACACCUGAAUCACAUGACAUGGAGGGGAUUGGGACACCUGAAUCACAUGAUAUGGAGGGGAUUGGAACACCUGAAUCACAUGAUAUGGAGGGGAUUGGAACACCUGAAUCACAUGAUAUGGAGGGGAUUGGAACACCUGAAUCACAUGAUAUGGAGGGGAUUGGAACACCUGAAUCACAUGAUAUGGAGGGGAUUGGAACACCCGAAUCACAUGAUAUGGAGGGGAUUGGAACACCCGAAUCACAUGGUAUGGAGGGGAUUGGAACACCCGAAUCACAUGAUAUGGAGGGGAUUGGAACACCCGAAUCACAUGAUAUGGAGGGGAUUGGAACACCCGAAUCACAUGAUUGGGAGGGGAUUGGAACACCCGAAUCACAUGAUUGGGAGGGGAUUGGAACACCCGAAUCACAUGAUACGGAGG